CUCUCGCCUCUGCCCUCUCUGCUCUCUGUCAGGUCGUCCUCCGUCUCCAAGAUCUGGUCGGGCUCAAUCUCGUGCCCCUCCGGUAAAGACGACCGGGCGAUGGUCGUGGUCGUCUUUCUCCUCCAACGACGAUGGCCAGCCUCCUCCCGUUUCUCCCCACCUCCGACGAGUUACUCCGGAUCUUGCAGCGCCUACUCGAGUUCGUUCAGCAAGCUCAGGGCGCCUCCUCGAGUUCGUUCACCAACUCAGGAUCUUGCAGCACCUCCUCGAGUUCGUUUAGCCAGCUCCGGAUCUUGCAGCGCCUCCUCAAGUUCGUUCAGCUUUCUCCGCUCCGGCGACGGCGAGGGUGGUCCGGUGAGCAAGGUGCAUCGUCAGCUUUUCUUACUGUGAAGCUGAUAGCUCUAGCUUUCUGGUCCAUGAAGAUGUGGGAAUAUGUGAAAGGCGAGAGGGGAGCUCGAGCAGCGGCGAAAAUCGGGUUCUGGCAUUGGCGGCGAGAGGCUGCUCCAGCAGCGACGGCGGAGCGCGGGAGGCCGCUGGCCCUGCGGCGCGAGGCGCCAGAGGUCGCCAACGCGAAGGGCGGGCGGCUGCCCACCUGUCGGCGCGAGGAUGUGAGCUCCACAUGGAGGCUCGCUGGCGCCAGGCGAGCUACAGCAGCAGUGGCGCGAGGGGCGGGAGGCCCGCCGGUGCGAGCUGAGGGAGGCCGCCCGCCGGCGUGA